AUGACAACAUCUACCAUGGCACCGGCUUUGAACCAAAUAGGGCUUGACUUGGGGAUCAACGAAUUCAUGACGCAGAUAACCUUCUCCGUAUUCGUUCUUGGUCUUGCCUUUGCGCCUUUUCUAAUCGCAUCUUUCUCAGAAACGUAUGGGCGUAAACCUGUGUGGCUUUUCUGCAAUGCGUUUUACAUUUUAUGGAAUACUCUAUGCCCCGUGGGCCGCUUGUCGGCUUUGAUGGUCAUCGGUAGGUUUAUGGCUGGAUCGGGUGCCAGCGUAGGCAUUACAUUAACUGGUCCUAUCAUGGCUGACAUCUAUCAGAAAGAAGAACGAGGCAAGUCCCUAGCCAUUGCUACCUUUAUACCAUACCUCGGACCUGCUCUUGGCCCGAUCGUUGGCGGAGUCAUCAUGGAGAAAUUGGAUUGGCCCUGGCUCUUUUGGGUAUUGAGCAUCUUCAAUGCAAUCAUUUGGGGUCUUGGGUUUUUAUUUGUGAAAGAAACCUAUACUCCUGUUCUGUUGGCCCGUAAACGAAAAGCAAUGUCCCCGCUUCCUGAAUUAACGGGCCCAACAUCCUUCAAUGCAGCGUCUACUAAACUGACCACUAACCUAAGUCGACCGAUACAGCUGUUAUGGAAACGGCCGAUUAUCCAACUUAUUGGAUUGGUCAUGGCGUUGAACUUUGGCGUAUACUGCCUCCUCCUCUCAACUUUCGCUUCUCUUUGGAUCGAGACUUAUGGCCAAUCUGAGCUCCUUGCUAGUCUCCAUUACAUUGGGAUCUCUAUCGGUAUUACGAUAGCAACACAAGGCGGGGGCAGGUUCAUGGACUGGGUCUUUGCAAAGUUAAAAGCCCGUCAACCAAAUGGCAAAACAACACCGGAAUUUCGCGUACCUUGUCUUAUUCCUGGAGUUGUUUUGGUUCCCUUUGGUCUUUUCUGGUAUGGUUGGGCAGCUGAAAAACACAUGCACUGGGCAAUGGUUGACGUUGGGGUCGCCAUAUUUGUGUGUGGCAGUUUUUUGCUUGCCCAAGCCAUGCUUGCUUACUUACUAGAUGAGUUUAAGUAUGCUGCAUCAGCAAACGCGGCAAGUCGUAUGCUCUCCAAUAUUGUUGGUUUCAUCUUCCCUAUUUUUGCCCCACGAUUAUUUGCUCGCCUGGGUUAUGGAUGGGGCAAUAGCCUGCUUGCCUUUCUCUUCAUUGGCCUCGGAUGUCCUACGCCGAUUAUUCUGUGGCUUUGGGGGUCCAAGCUAAGGGCUCUCGGCAGAAAACAACUUUGA